AUGUUCGAGCAACUCUUUGACAACCUCGGGACACUAGCGAAUGCCCCCAAUGUCACUGAUGCGAUCCGCGUUUUCUGGCAGAUGCGCAGCUCCAGCCCGACCGAGUGCAGUCCCUUCGUGUACCCCGAUCUGGCCUUUGAGGUGGGCCAGGCCAUGCUCUUGAAGCCACCCGAGAGACCAGAACGCUGUGCCUUCGUCUAUGUCGGUCCCAUCAUCCGUCGCGAUCGGCUGUGGCACCUGCGGCCGGGGCCAGACUUCACGAAGUGGUGCCCGCAGUGCUCAUUGCCGGACCUUCCUGCUUGGGUGAACGCCACGGCCAAGAAGAUUGGCUCGUUGUUGAAAGAGCAGCAGGUAACCUGCGCCGCUUUCUACGUCCGCCUUCUCGGCCUCACCAGCACGGAGUUUCUACAGCUUGUCCAGGAUGGCGCAGCCACAGCGGGUGUCCCAUUUGAGGCUUCGCGGAUCAAGAAACGGCCGUGCCGGUUGUGCAUGGAGGCCAACAUGGAGAUUCUACAGCGUGCGGCGGCCUCGCCAUUGCUGAUAGCAGAGUACGGCUCCUUCUGGCCGGACCGGCUUCCUGUCAACCGAAUUUCUAAUCAUCCGGUGAAGCGACUUAUAGUUUUCAACAGCUCAGUACAGCAGGACUUGCCGGCAAUGCACCUGCUGGCACGUGGUGCCACUGCCUGUGCCUCAAAGAUGGCCAGAACGCCUUUCUCAAGGAUCACGGUUGUCUCCGAGGUUGCAUAUCUGCAUGGGGACGUCUCUGUGCGCUCAUACCUUGCGAACAUGAAGGAGGUGGCACUGCAGGUUGCUGCACAUGUGCAACAACAUCAGAACGAGCUAGUGGGUCGCCUGGAGAAGUUCGACAAGAUCUUGAUCCACGCAACGACGUUGCAUUCGGCCGUCUGGGGUGCAAGGACAUCUGUCUGCAGCCGCGUCUUGCUGCCCGUGUCAAUGACCCUGGGUGAGGACGGGCUCCUCUACCGCGGAAGAUGCAUCGACUACCGCAGCUGUGUCCGCAAUUUCACGCUCACUUGA